CCUUGUCUAGCGUGAUACGCAGAUGCGCAACAACAUAGUGUCAUAAUGCCUCCAAUGCACCUUGUUCUUGUUUAUAAACCACGAGAGUAACCUCUACGUUACCUGAAGAUAAGGAAGACCUCCUGACUUAUCAUUCCACGCGAUGGGCGUUUCUACUCGCUCAAAAUCAAAUCCCCAAGUCAACUGUUCCAAGUUCUACUUUGAAUGGCAAGGCCAUCCAAUCCAGGAUCUCACCAAAUUUCGCAAUAUCACGCUCGCACAACGGCCGGACAAACCCAUCGUAUAUCUUGCUGGUGACUCUUCCCUUGAUAACAAGUACUGGGUGAAAUCUUUCAGCAAAGAUAUCGCAGCCGAAACACCAGAUAUCUAUAAGAAGACGUUUCAAACCCCUCGGCCGAAGCCAGAUGUUGCAUUUUGGAUAAACCACCUACUCGAUGAUCGCGCUACAUGCAUCAACACCGCUGUCGAAGCAUCUAUGCUAAGAGAUCGAGACGACAAACUCCUACCCCACGAUGAGUUUAUCUGCGACAAUAUUCGCGCCGAGGAUGUCCUCAUCGUGAGCGUCGGUGCCAACGACAUCGCUCUGAAGCCGCUGGCCUACACAAUACGCCACAUGCUCCAACUAGCCUGGCUUACGCCACGCACUUCGCUCGAGAACGGCUCAGCAUGGUCUCUAUCCUACUUCAAACACAUGUUCGGUACCAAAAUCCGGGAUUACAUCAUUCGCCUUACCGCUAAAACGAAACCUCGUGCAGUCAUCGUUUGCAUGAUCUACUUUCCACUCGAAUGGGGUCUUGGCCAGGAGAGUUGGGCGGAUGUGCAACUAAAAGCGCUGGGCUACAAUUCGUAUCCGAAUCAGUUGCAGACAGCUAUUCGGGCGAUGUAUGAGGUUGCGACGAAGGAGAUCAAGGUGGAGGGGACGGAGAUUGUGCCCUGUGCGCUGCAUGAGGUGCUCGAUGGGAAGGACGCGAACGAUUAUACGGCGAGGGUGGAGCCGAAUGAAGAGGGCGGGCGGAAGAUGGCGAUUAGAUUUGUAGAACUGCUCGAUGAGAUACUGUAG